CAUCAAUGACACCCCUCCUUCGUGACAACCAGACUCUGUCACCAUAUUCCAAGUGGCAGGAACCACAGCAACCAAGAAAAGCCAACAGAGGAGCUUGUCAAUCCAAACAGGUGAGGGGAGCCAGCCACUCUGUAGUAUGUUCAGGAAGCAGGCUGGAGCAGGCUUUGGCAAUCCAUCCAGAAAUGGCGUGCAUGGAGGGAAGAUGACUCAGGGAGAGAAAAUCCCGUGCCUCUCAGUCAGCAUGAUACAGCAGUUACAAUGUUGCUUCUCCUCGCUGAUCACCGGUCUGCUCUGAAUAAUUUAUGGCUCUACCCACAGGAGGCUGCCAGGCCGACUGAAAAGCACAGAUGCUCACGCAUGCACUUAUGGCACACCAGUAAACAUAGCCCAGAGUUCCAGCAUCCCCGUGCCAACAGGACCGGUUUGGUGCACUGGUGGCAGCGAGGCUAUUUACGUGUGGCUGGGGAAAGUGAAGGCGGUGGCCGCCCUGCUGUCUAGGCGAACAGAAAACAGAAUUUGCUUUGCAAAGCCCUCAGCGAGGUGCUUUCCUAUAGGUGCUGUCCCAGAAACAGCUGCCGAGCCUUGGGCUCGUCUCCUCAUACCAGUGCCGCGCUGGGCAUCCGGCAUACGGGCUUGUCCACCUGACUCUGCAGACAGACUUGAAAAGUUGAUUUCACUCAGUCUGUUCUACAAGGAAAACGCUAGAACCGGGAGCAACCGGCCAAUCCAGUGAAUUUUAAGGAGAUGGUGGCUCAGUGGUGAAAGCACCUACCAUGCAAGCAUGAGGCCUGGAGCUGAGAUCCGUAUAGGUCCAACCAGAAAGAUGCCACCCAGCGCUAGCGCGGUGGACUUCUUCCAGCUCUUCGUCCCGGACAACGUGCUCAAGAACAUGGUGGUACAGACCAACAUGUAUGCCAGGAAGUUCCAGGAGCGGUUUGGCAGUGACGGUGCCUGGGUGGAGGUGACGUUGGCAGAGAUGAAGGCCUUCCUGGGCUAUGUGAUCUCCACCAGCGUCUCGCACUGUGAGUCGGUACUCAGCAUUUGGAGCGGAGGCUUCUAUAGCAACCGGAGCCUUGCCCUCGUCAUGAGCCAGGCCCGCUUCGAGAAAAUCCUCAAGUACUUCCAUGUUGUGGCCUUCCGAUCCAGCCAGACCACGCAUGGGCUCUACAAGGUCCAGCCCUUCCUCGACUCCCUGCAGAGUGGCUUUGAUGCUGCUUUCAGGCCGUCUCAGACCCAGGUGCUACAUGAACCCCUGAUUGACGAGGACCCUGUGUUCAUUGCCACGUGCACGGAGCGAGAGCUGCGGAAGAGGAAAAAGCGGAAAUUCAGCCUGUGGGUCCGCCAGUGCUCUUCAACCGGGUUCAUCAUCCAGAUCUACGUCCACCUAAAGGAAGGUGGUGGCCCAGAUGGCCUGGACGCUCUGAAGAACAAGCCACAGCUGCACAGCAUGGUGGCCCGGAGCCUGUGCCGGAACGCGGCCGGAAAGAACUAUAUCAUCUUUACAGGGCCCAGCAUCACCAGCCUCAAUCUGUUCGAAGAAUUUGAGAAGCAAGGGAUCUACUGCUGUGGCCUCCUCAGCUCUAGGAAGAGUGACUGCACAGGUCUCCCUCCAUCCAUGUUGACCAACCCUGCCACCCCACUCGCCCGGGGCCAGCACCAGAUCAGGACAAAGGGCAACAUGUCACUGAUCUGCUGGUACAACAAGGGGCACUUCCGCUUCCUGACCAACGCCUACUCCCCUGUGCAGAAAGGCGUCAUCAUCAAGAGGAGGAGUGGGGAAAUCCCCUGCCCUCUGGCCGUGGAGGCCUUUGCGGCUCACCUCAGCUACAUCUGCAGAUAUGACGAUAAGUACAGCAAGUAUUUCAUCUCUCACAAGCCAAACAAGACGUGGCAGCAAGUGUUCUGGUUCGCCAUCAGCAUCGCCGUCAACAACGCCUACAUCCUGUACAAAAUGUCAGACGCCUACCACGUGAAGAAGUACAGCCGGGCACAGUUCGGAGAGAGACUUGUCAGGGAGUUGCUGGGCUUGGAGGACUCAUCGCCAGCCCACUGAGACUGCUGGCCCAGGGGUGUCAGGGACAAGGAAGGAGCCUGUCACCUGCCUGCUGGCUGGAGGGCUCAUGUGUGGUCAGAAGUCUGCUUUCCACAUCACCCCCCACAAAGGGUGGCUCCCCAGAGCCUGAUACAGGUGACCUCGGAAGGUACCAGCAGUAGGACCAGUGGACCGUGCUCCGCUUUCCAGAGUGUGAAAGAUCAUGACGGGCUCAAGUUCAGACCAGGCAAGCUUACAAAAUGGACCCCUCGGUGCCACCCCACAGCAUCCGGGGCAUGGGUUCCUAGCACUCUCCCAUGAGAUCAGCUUAGAUGGCUCCCUUGGAAGAAGAGAUGCAGUGUGGUGCCAUUAAAACUCAGAGCCAGGGGGGGCAGGGGCGGCUGCAGCUUGCUGACUGUAAACAGGGUGCUCCUGUUCUGUCCUCCACGGGACUGCAGCGAGCAGGGCGAGGAGGGGAGAACAAUGCCGGGUUUUUGUUUUUUUUUUUUGUUUUGGUUGGUUGUUUUGUUUUGUUUUGUUUUCAAUGUAUCUUCAGGUUAAUUCCCUACUGUUGCUUAAGGUCUACUGUGAACAGAUGUGCCCCCCACUCCCCACUCUCUGACACCACAUACCUUCACAGCUCCCUGCAUGAUCACAGUUCUGUUUCUGGCCUGUGGCAGGUUAGGAAGGGCCGCUGGCUUCCAGGACAGAUGUAGCUAGCUAUGGCUACCAAGGCCUGGGGAGCCUGCAGACUGAAUACUCUGUCACCUUGUCACUGUUGGCAGAAUUACCUGUCUUGAGAACUCUAUAGCAUCAUGAAAACAAAAUCCUUCACCUCCCUCUGUCUGUGAGAAUGGGGUCCCCUAGAAAGUCACAGCAGGAUUAGGAGGCCCUGGCUGGGGACUGACCCUGUGGGAUCUCCCAUAGGCCCAGGUCCUUCCCACCAGAGGUUGACAUCUCUCCAUGGAGCCUGAGCCUCAAGGUGGGCCCACUGUCCCCACAGAUGGGAUACAAGGAUUUUUCCACACCUUGCAGCCCUUCCUCCUGAUCUAAUGGCACCUAAUGUCCCCAGAUGCAGACUGUCCUCGGCAGGGGCUUUGGGGCACUUCCUCAUCCUUUCAGUGAGCCGAGGCGUGGCUGGCAGCAGAAUGCUCUCCACACCUUGUCACAUCUGUGUCCACUCUCUCCACAAGCACCCUCGCCUGCGGUGGGACCCGCAAUGCCACAGAUCACAGGCCCAACUUCAGUUUGUGUUUAAGAUAACCUUUGCUGUACCCUUAAUGGGAUCAAAAGCACUUUCACCACACGGAGAAAUAUAUUUUCAAUUUGUGAUGCUUUUCUACAAGGCCCACUCUUCCUGAGUUCAGGUGUUUCCAACGCUUAGGGAGCCUAAUGAAGGCCAAUGACUUUUUCUUUUCUGUCCAAACAAGAAAAAUAAAAAAUAAAAGUCUAUUUAGAUGUCG